AAUGUUCCUCAUUAAAAAAGCUUACCAGCGCAAUUCACUCAAGAAUGGCAAGACUCAGCGUUUUAACACUUUUCCUCGUGGUGGCUGUUUUCUCGGCAAUCUCACUUGCAGAUAAACCCGACUGGGUGGCUUUUAAGAAACAACAUAAAAAGGAGUAUAAGUCCGCCGAAAAAGAAGCAAAAGCAAAGGCAAAGUUCGACAAGAAUGCGGCCCGUGUGGAUGAACAUAACAAAAAAUUCGAAAGAGGAGAAGUCCAAUACAAUAUUGCAAUCAAUGAAUUUGCGGACCAAGAUGCUGCCGAGUUCCAUCAAACUCACCACGGUCUAAGACCAGAGUUACGACGAAAUCAUUCCAGUCGUUCGGUUCCUCAUGAGCGGUAUGCCCGGCAGUUGCCACCAGCAUCGUUGGAUUAUAGGUCAACGAAUAAAGUUUCCGCCGUCAGGAACCAAGCAAACUGCGGCAGCUGUUGGGCUUUCGCUAGUCUCGCUGCUGUUGAAAGUCAAGUCUUAAUUGCUGCCCGUUCAUCUGUCUUAUUGAGCGAACAGCAGCUGGUGGACUGUGAUAUCUGGGACAGUGGUUGCGGAGGCGGUUGGCCGACAAAUACAUUCCAGUGGUUGCAAUAUUACGGCGGCAGUAAAACAGAUGCUGCGUAUCCGUAUACAUCUGGUUGCUGCAAUUCGGCUGGAACAUGUAGUGGGGCUAAUGCUCCAGUAGUCCAAAAAGUCUCUGGGUUCCAGGAGUUGAGCAUGCCCGCCCCUGAUGCAACUAUUAAAUCCUACCUAGCGGCCCAUGGACCGUUGGCAAUUGCGGUGUCCGGUGAACCCUGGGAUCCAUUAUAUGCGGGCGGAUAUAUGUCCUGCCCGGCCGGCCAGGCAAUGGAUCACGCUGUUUUGCUUGUUGGAUAUGGAGUCAACACAGCAGGGAAGAACUACUGGAUUGUUAAAAACUCCUGGGGUACUGGAUGGGGAGAUAAAGGAUUUGCUUACAUUUUGUCUGGUCAGGCUAACAACGUUGAUUGCGGAAUUAGUCAGUACCUUGCCACUUAUCCCAUCAUCGUUUAAAAUGACGCAAACAAUGGAAAACAAAAUUACUAAACUAUUUGUGCUUUGACCUCUCAAAUUACAUAAUUACUUUUAUUUGAAAUAAAGUAUAAUUAAUGCAACAUAGUCAA